UGAAACUUUGUGUACCCAUUCGAUUCGAAUGUCAAUAAUCAAGUUAAUAUAAGUUGUUUUAAGAUAAAAUUGUUUCAAAGAUGUCCUCUCCACAAGUAACGUAUUGUUGUGAUAUGGAUAAAUCUGUCCUCAUUUCAAAUUUUGAAAAGAGAGGAUGGAUACCAGUUGGUCCAGAUGAUGACUGGAAUGUUUAUUGGUCUUCCGUUUUGACUGUUCGAAAUAUUUUUAGUGUUGACACUGGUUAUAGAUUAUCAGACAAUCAAAUAAUUAACCAUUAUCCUAAUCAUUAUGAAUUAACUCGGAAAGAUUUGAUGGUUAGAAACAUCAAGCGAUAUCGUAGAGAAAUGGAAAGAGAAAAUAGUCCUUUAUCUGAAAAGGAUGAAAAUGGAAAAUAUGUUCACUUAGAUUUCAUACCUGUUACUUUUAUAUUGCCCGCUGAUUAUAACAUGUUUGUUGAAGAAUUUAGAAAAAAUCCUUCUAGUACUUGGAUCAUGAAGCCCUGUGGAAAAUCUCAAGGAGUUGGUAUCUUUUUAAUUAACAAACUCUCUCAACUCAAAAGAUGGUCUAGAGACAGUACUAGCUUUAAUCCUGCUGUUGUGAAGGAAUCUUACGUUAUAUCUCGAUAUAUUGAUAAACCUUUAUUGAUUGGUGGAAGAAAGUUUGACAUGAGGAUUUAUGUUUUAGUAACUUCAUUUCGACCUUUAAAAGCAUAUAUUUACCGUUUAGGAUUUUGUCGGUUUUGUCACGUGAAGUAUUCUGGUAAUAUCAAAGAAUUGGAUAACAUGUUUGUGCACUUGACAAAUGUUUCUAUACAAAAACAAGCUGACGAAUAUAAUAGUGUUCAUGGUGGAAAAUGGGCAAUUCAUAAUUUGCAGCUAUAUCUUGAAGGAACUAGAGGAAAAGACGUCACAGACAAAUUGUUUGACAAUAUCAGAUGGCUCAUCUUACAUUCUUUGAAAUCAGUUGCUAGCGUUAUGGUUAGUGAUCGCCACUGCUUCGAGUGUUAUGGGUAUGAUAUUAUAAUUAGUGAUGAUUUAAAGCCUUGGCUAAUUGAAGUAAAUGCUUCUCCAUCCUUGACUGCUACCACUGCAAAUGAUCGAGUUAUGAAACAAAAACUGAUUGAAGACAUUUUCAAUAUCUGUUUAGAAAAUGGAGAGUAUCCUAGUACAAAGUGGAAUAAGAAUCCUGACAAGUCUAUGCUUGGAAAUUUUGAUAUUUUAAUUGAUGAAGAUUCUAAUGUAUCAGAAACUGUUACUGAAAAGGAAAGCGUUAAAUCUAAAGGUGACUAUAAUAAAACUGGUGCUAGAGCUAAAGAGAGACACACACCGCGUUGGAGAUGAAUUGUACAAAACAAAAUGAAAAACUGCUUGAGGUUUUCAUUUACUAAAUUAUUUGGCUUUUAAAUUUAUUCUGCUAUAAAUUACCGAAUUUGAAGGGCAUCCUAUGUUGUAUUUUUUAUAUUAAAAAAAAAAUCUAUCAAUUUCUUUUGUUGCAUCAUCUUAGGAAUACAUCAUUGCACAAUCAAAAUUGCUAUCUUUCGGUAGCAUAUCUAGGAUUCAGAGGCAAUCUUGUUUCUUUUGUAUAAUUGUGUUCCUUCUUUAUUUCUUCUUAUUCUUAUCCUCUUUGUGCCGAACUGGCACAUAAGGCCUUGAGUCUUUUUCUCCACAUACUCCUGUCUUUGGCCAAGGAACACGCUAUUUCCCAUCCAGUUAAUCCUGCUCUUCUGAGAUCUUCCUUGAUGCAUCUUUGCCCUGUUAGUCUUGGUCUCCCUCUUUUUCUAUUUCUGUCAGGUGCCCAUCAGCUUGCAACAUUUACAGGAACACUUAUUAUACUUAUUUUUGAAAAAGACUUGGCAAUAGUGCCUUUUAGACAUGCCAUUUGAAUUACUAAUAUUUUUUUAAUACUUCCUUCUUUUUUCAAAUAAUAAUAAUAAUACUUUUCUGUUGAUUUAUGUGUUAGUCUAUGAAAAACCUGAGCCCAAGACAAUAGUGAUUGUUCAUACACAAUUUCAUGAUAGUGGGCAAAUAAAAAUCAUGCACAAUCAUAAUAGGCAUUUUAAAUAAAUUAUCUGUUCAAAUUCUAUGAAAGUCUAUUUUUGUGUAAAGGUGUUUGUUUUUCUUUAAGAACCGCUUCAACAAGUAUCUGGGUUGUGAUUUUGUCAUUUCCAGCUUCUCCGUAAUUUAACUGGAUAAUGAUUUUGUUAGAUUUUAAGUAUUUUUUCACAUUUUUAUUAUUUUAUUUUUGGACGGGAUUUUAUCAAUGUAUGUUAAGGAUGGUGAUUAUAGAACUCUUGAAAUAAGUGCAAUCUUUUUGUUAUUUCUUUUAUAAAAAGUCUAUUUAUACUUCCUAAUUUUGUUUAUAUUAUAUUUUAAAAUGUCCUUUUUUAGAAUUUUACAUUCUUUUUUAAUAACUAUUGAGUUAUAAGAGCUGAUGAUCACUCACAGUAUUUAUUUUCAUUCACUCAUAUUAUUAUUUAUUAUAUCAAUAAUUCAUUUAAUUUUGCUAAUUUUAUUUUUUCAAAUUACUCAUACAAUUGAUGAAAAUUAUAACUUUAUUGUUAAUGUUAUAAUAUGACGAUUGUAAACUAUUUAAAUGAAAUUAAUAUAUGUUUUAUUACAUUAAUUUUACUGUCAUUCAAUUACUUAAAUUCUAUUAUAUUUAUAUUGCCCGGUGUUCAUGAACUUUGUUAUACUUUUUAUAAAUUUAGUUAUCUUUGAACCAAUUUAACAAAAUUGAAAACUUUACUGGUGAAGUUUAUUGAAAAUUUUAAUCUUAUACUGUUAGCUUUUUUAUAUUUAGACAUAAAAAAAAAUUAAUAAAUAUAUGCACAAAUUCAUCAUAAACAAUGUAGCUGCUUAAUAUUAAAUAAUAUAAAACACUAAUUAAUAACUGAGAAUUUUUCAGUUCAUUUUUUUUUAAUUAACUUAUCUUAAAUAAGUGCAGCAAAUAUCUCGUUUCAUAAAUUUAGAUUUUGUUAUAAACUGUAAUUGCAAGAUGUAAUGAUUAAAGUAUUAUUUUAUAUUUAUUUAUACUUUUAUCUGUGAUAUAUUUUUUUAUAAUAAAUUAGUAUCCUAUCUUCAAGAAUUGUGUUUAUUUGCAUUCACUAAAAAUUACAAUUUCCAUUCACCUUGACAUUAUAUUAUCUUAAAACUAAAUUAAAAGCAUAAAUCAGA